CAUACACAUGUGUAAAGUAUGGAUUCUUUAAAACGAAGUGCUGAUGCGGCGGGGUUUAACGGUGAUGGUGGUCCCGAAUACAAGUCGGCGCGCUUGCCGGACCGCUUCGAGUCCUGUGAUCCCAGGCUACGCGACCGUUUACAGAGACUGAUCCAAACCGGACUGAUCAGGGCCGACGAUGUUGAUGAAAGGGCCAUUGGCCUGUUGAAAGAGCUAAGAUUGGAUGAUGCCAUUAAUGUCGUCGAUCAGUUCGAGCGGUCUCUCCUGGGUGGGAAUGUGAAAAACAAGAGUGCGUACUUGGCCGGUGUGGCCACCCGCCAUAAGCAUUUCGGACAUGGGCCUAAGCUGUCAAAGGACGUACAGCAGCGCCUUGAGCAGCUUUACCGAAGCGGCAAAAUGCGGGACACGAUCCUUGACUCCAAGGUUCUGGAGGCCAUCAACGAUCUGGAGCCGGGUCUGGCGAUGCGCGUGGUGGACAACUUCGAGACCAAGGACCUGCAGGACGCGCGCAACCUGAGUGCGCUGUUCAUGUCCACAAUCAAGGUCACCAAGGAGCAGAUUGCGCGCGAACGCUCGUACGGCAUGCCUCCGCCGCCACCCCACGGCUACCGCGAUCCGCUGCCGCCACCGCCCCACCACCACCACCACCACCCGCCGCCGCCGCACGGAAUGCCCCCUCCGUCGUACGGAAUGCCCCCGCCGCCGUACUCGCCGCCUCCGUAUUCGCCGCCACCCCAGCAGUACGGAUCGCAAGCGUCGUACCCUCCGCCCAUGGUGCACGCGCCGCCGCCGAUGGCAGCCGCAGCGCCUCCGCCUCGUCGCCACUACGGCUCGGACCAGGCGGCCAUGGGCGUGCGUGUGGACGAGCUGCACAACCUGAGCCAGCACGCGCCCUACGUGCCGGCCAGUGUGGCCCUGGCGCUGCAGCGCGCCUGGGACAGCGGCAACCGGCUGGUGUCGCUGCUGGACGACGGGUCGUGGAAGGCGCUGUCGGAGCUGGAGGCGCCGCAUGGGCUGCAGGUCGUUAACGAGGUGGUUGAGGCCAUGAACAGUCAGCAGAUCCGCAACUGCAACGCAUUCCUCAUCUCUGUAGCGAAGAAGUUCAUGGCGGGUUUGGCUCCGUCGCCCGGAGGUGGCUACGGCGGCAGCGGCAGCGGGGGCGGCAGCUAUGGUGGUAGCGGGGGCGGCAGCGGCAGCUACGGAGGCGAGCCCGGAGGCUACAGCUCUGGCGGCUAUGGGGGCGUUCCUGCCGGCCCCAGCGUGCAGAAGGGCGUUCCCGCGCUUAACAGGCUUCGUGGCAUCCUAGCGCAGCGCGCGCAGGACCUGCUGGCGCAGCAGUCGCACGUGCUGCGCGACAGCCACUUCGACGAGGUGGUGGUGUCGCAGCUGCAGAAGCUGCCGGAGCACGAGGCGAUGGAGGUGCUGGCGGAGGUGGGGCGGCACGAGCUGGUGGGCGUCAAGAACAUCCCCGCCUACAUCAUGGGCAUCAUCAACCGCUACAAGCGCGGCAGCUCGCGGCCCGGCUACUGAGCUCUGCAUGCAGGGGUGGGCAAAUAUGGUAAGUAAGCUGGAGACGCAGCAACUAUGGGGUUUGCUUACGGCCUUGCGCACAUGCAUUCUUUUGGUGUCAGUCAGCGCAAGUGACUUGGAGGUGUGCGGUUACUUGGAGGUGUGCGGUUACGUGGAUGGCGUAACCCGCAUUGGUUCGGAGGGGCUGUUGUGCAGAGUUUGAGGAAAGAACGUAAGAUGCUUGGAUUGUUCUGAAGAUGUUUCAUUAGGAGAAAUGCCGGAUGUUAAGAAGCGAGUACGAUUGCCCAUGAGGCCAUACCGGUAUCGGAUGCAUGCGGGGGCUUGAGGGCGCUCAUGUACCGCCUUUAGCAGCACCGCCUUGCGGGGGCCCCCAGUUGCCCUUCAGCUUUCCUCGAGAUGAUGUGAACCGGACCUGUUGUUCUUGUUUGUUGUUUUAGGUAUCUGCCGUUUGAACUUGAGGACAGCGGUGGCCCUAGUGCGAGCGACUGCAGCAUGGUAGGAAUGCGGACAGGUAUCGCCUAUUGGUUCGCACAUGCUAAGGACCCUGCAAGUUUGGCCGUCAACAUAACCAGCGAUAUCUUGCGCCCAACCAUGCUCCUUAUGGUGUUGCCAGAAGGUCGCCUUUACGUUGCAGCUGUGAUACGCAAUUGGGACACUGCGCUUUUGGG